AUGAAUCCUCACAACGAAUCUGCUGUUCACUGCACCCCCUCACCGGGGGAAAAAAAAUACUGCCGCUUGAUAGAUGCCAUUACUUUUCGAGCCCACGAAAUGAGUAAGAGUUUACAUUCAGGUGAACUGGACCGGCCCUUCACAUGGAGAAACACUGUCCCCUUGUUCACCCCACCCCAACGCAGCUAUGUCAACAGCCGCCCCGCCCCGCAACACCCCCAUCACGUCCAUCCCCCGGCCGCAGACCUCCUCUCUCGGCCGCGGCCCGCCCCUUACCCUCCAAGUGGACGCCUCCCGCUCCUGCCUAGAUCACCGGCCCGAGCCCCGAGCCCGACCGACAGCUACGGCCCGAGGCGAGGAGUACCGGGACGCUACGGCUUCGGGGAGUUUGAAAUCCCUCCCUGUAAGGGACCGCGGCUGUGGGCGGCGGCUCGGCGGCCUCGGCUCCCGGGCAACGGAGCGGAGGCCCAGCUUCCACCGCGGGAGGACCGGUCUCCGCCUCCCCGAGUUCCCAUUGGCUGCUGGCUCCAUACGGCCAUCCCUAUUGGCUGGUGUGACACCGGAAGACGGGAUGGCCCGGCGAGAGGCCUCAGCCAUUGGUCGGCCGCUGAGGCGGGGCUGCGACCCGCGAGGACAGUUGGUGCGCCAAGCCCGGCGCCCAAGGCGGACCGAAAGGAUGCCAACCUUCCCGAGGAGGGACCCCCGUCUCUGGACGGGGUUCUAUUUGUGGUUCAGAAGGUGAUUGAAAGGACGGUGACCACAAUGCCGAGGUCGCGAUGGCCGCGAGUCUCCCCGAUUUAAGCCUCCCACCUGAACCUCUGGGUCAUCUGAGCCAUGACGGUGACUCCUCCUCCUCCUCCCUCCAUGCCUGCGGCUCUUUGUGGCGCAGCAUCUCGCUGGGCUCAGGGCCUGGCCAUGCCUGUGAUGCCGGAUAAUCAGCCGCCCUGCCGGUCCGUGGGCAUGGAAGAGAAACUAGCAGCCUUGCAGUCAUUUGGACUUGAACCCAUUAAAAUGAUGCAUGAUUUAUUUCUCAGGUGAUUUCCAACCACAGCUUUCAGAUGAGUGAAAUCUGGGAAUAAACUAAUUUUUUCCUCCUUUC